AUGCGUUCUGCAGCCAUCAUCUUAACCUUGGCGACUGUGUCGUUGGGUCUGACUAUUACCAAGGAGCGCCGACAGGAUGACCUGGCGUCCAUUCUAGCCGCUCUCGAGCAGACUUCUCCUGAAGAUGCAGCUGCUGCCAAGGCCGCUGGCUCUACGAAGAGACAAGAUGACUUAGCCUCCAUUCUUGCUGCUCUCGAACAGACCUCCCCAGAGGAUGCCGCGGCUGCCAAGAACGCUUCUUCCGCCAAGAACUCUUCCUCCACCAAGCGACAGGAUGAUAUUGCCUCUAUCUUAGCUGCCUUAGAGCAGAAUUCCCCCGACGAUGCGGCUGCAGCGAAAAGUAAUGCUGCGGCCCAGAGGAGACAAGUUUCUGCUGACCCGCAAGAGCUUGCCGACAUCAUCGAUGCUCUCAACGAGAACAGCCCUGAAGAUGCGGCUACUGCACAUGCUGGUCUGCCUGCCGACGAGAAAAGACAGGUUGCGGCCGACCCGCAGGAGCUUGCUGAUAUCAUCGACGCUCUUAACGAAAACAGCCCCGAAGAUGCCGCAACAGCUCAUGCUGGUCUGCCUUCAGCCUAG